AGCCAUUGCAAAAGGCCACGUCGCUAUCAGAGCUCCACUUCAUCUUGGACGACCUGAGUUUUGUCCUUCAUCCCAAUUCACCUUCCAAGCUUGGUUGUUGGGAACAAUCAGUGGAUUUUUGGCAGCAACAGUACUCUUUCUGUUCUGGCUUUUUCAGCUCGACGACUAAUGGCUUUGCCGACUGUACUUGACCUCGCGUCCAACCAGACAUCGCUGCGGGUGCAAUUCUCACAGGAGCCCGAACACGCUCCGCCCAUACUGGAUCAGAUCCUUCCCUUUUUAGGAUGUGCAGGAACCAAUUGCGAAAUCAACGACUACGUCCUGCCGAUGGCCACUCAUCCAUACUUCACGCUGGCUCCAAGCAUUGAAUCGGUCUUGAGCCGUUGGACCCCAUGGGACACUGACUUGUCCACGGACUACCGAUAUCAUCUCUUGGUGACCAAUGUGGAGCUAUACGGACGUAUGGUCGAACAUUCAGCUCGACAUGGACAUUCCAUCGUGCUUUCUGCAUCCGCUGACCCAGCCCACAACUCAGUUGUACACGUUGAGAUCCACCUCCUCAACCAGACCGAGGUGGUCGAGCUUUUGGCCAGGUUAUAUCGCGAAAUGCGCAACAACAAAACAGAGAUCGAAACUCUGCGACGUGAGCUCAACGAGCUACGCAAUCGUUUUGGAACAGCCCUCGAGAACCUUGCUGCCUAGCGAGAAGAGCUCGCGCCUUUGUUGGGGCUGACGCAGCCGCAUCCCAAUGUGCCACCUGCAGACGACGGCCCUGCAUAGGCUUCAGUUUUGGACAUUUGCCUUCUUUCUCCAUUUACCUUAUUUAGAGAGCUUUUGCGCCGUGCGCGCUCCACCACAACAUGCAC